CUGAUAAUGCACUAUGAAGCUUUGCAUUGAGGGGUGUGUGAUUUGUUGACGAAUUUCACAUCCGUGAAUUAUAAAUCAGAGUUGGCAUAACUUAAACAUUUUAUCAAUGUUGUCAUAAAUUCCAAGUGCCGACAAUGAAUUUGUCUGGAGAAAACCAGUAUGGUAAUGGACUGCUCUACGUUGGAUGGAACCAAGACCAAGGAUGUUUUGCUUGUGGAAUGGAAACAGGUUUUCGAGUUUAUAAUUCAGAUCCGUUAAAAGAAAAAGAAAGACAAGACUUUGCUGAUGGAGGUAUUACUCACAUUGAAAUGCUGUUUAGGUGUAAUUACUUAGCAUUAGUUGGAGGAGGAAAAAACCCAAAGUAUCCUCCCAAUAAAGUUAUGGUGUGGGAUGACCUUAAAAAGAAAAAUGUGAUAGAAUUGGAAUUUUCCACAGAGGUUAGAAGUGUAAGGCUGCGACGAGACAGGAUUGUGGUAGUUUUGGACACAAUGAUCAAAGUCUACACAUUCACACAGAAUCCACAACAGCUCCACGUGUUUGAGACCUGUAGCAAUCUUAGAGGUUUGUGUGUGAUGUGCCCAAACAGCAAUAACUCACUGCUCACUUUUCCUGGACGUAAAACUGGCCAUGUACAGAUUGUUGACCUGGCCAACACAGAAAAAUCCCCUCUUGAUAUUGCAGCUCAUGAGGCUCCACUCAGCUCCCUCGCACUUAACUUACAGGGCACUAGAUUGGCAACAUCUUCUGAAAAGGGUACUCUUAUACGAGUGUUUGACACGAUAUCAGGCCUCCAACUACACGAAUUGAGAAGAGGAGCCAACAACGCACACAUUUAUUGCAUUAAUUUCAAUCAAGACUCGACAUAUCUGUGUGUGGCUAGUGACCAUGGAACAGUUCAUAUUUUCUCUACAGAGGAUUCGAAGAAAAACAAACAGUUAAGCAUAGGAUCGGCCAGUUUCUUGCCCAAAUACUUCAGCUCUACGUGGAGUUUCUCGAAGUUCCAGGUACCCGGUGGUGCUAGAUGUCUGUGUGCCUUUGGGGCAGACACCAACUCUGUGAUUGUGGUUUGUGCAGAUGGCAGUUACUACAAAUUUGUCUUCAACCCCAAAGGGGAGUGUACUCGUGAUGUUUACGCCCAAUUCUUGGAAAUGACUGAUGACCGAUCAUAGUUUUGACUUCCCUCUGUGUGGUCUGAAGAACAAAUAAUUAUGUGUAUCUGCUCCUAUCCAUGGUUACCAUGGAUACCACGCGUCCCUCUCAUAGUCAAUGCUUCACACCUCAUGUCCAACUCAUAGUGAAUGUUUUAAAUGGGCUGUGUAAAAGGUCAACGCUUCACAUCAUCAUCACAUCCAAGGUCAACUUAUCACACAUCAAGGUCGAUGCUCAGGGCUAUUUCUGGCCCAAUAUUUGGUUUUGUCAAAUUGAGUUUUGUCCAGGAGGAAUUAGCAUUAGCAGCAUAAAGCCAUUUUGGGUGGGAAGAUGGAGGCAUUUGAAAAUGUUUUGAAACUUAAUGCUUCAUUUAAUAUAUAUUCUUGUAUAUUUUGAACAUGUUUAAAUUUCUAAAUAAAUUGAACUUUAUUUUUUAGCUCCAAAAUAAUGCAAAACACAUUUAAAUGUCAUCUUUAAUAAGUUCUACAAGUAUUCAAAUUUCAUCUACAUCACAGUGGGUGUUAUUACAUAGGUAAUAUGCAAUAAUAUGUGACACAGGUACAUUCAUUGCAUAACGCGGUAAUCAUGUGGUAAAAAUUUACCUCAAUAAUUGACAGCUCACAUCCCACCGAAGAUCAACACUUCACAUCAUCAAGGGUCAUUGCAUCACACCAUCGGCUAAUCCAAUAUUGAUGCUUCACACCAUCAGCUAAUCCAAUAUUGAUGCUUCACACCAUCAGCUAAUCAAAUGUCAAUGUUUAAUAUAAUAUUCACAUCAAAGAUCAGCUCUUCACGCCAUAAGUCCAACUCAUCCGGGAUCAUUACUUCACACCUUAAGUCCAAAUUUGAGGUCAACGAACUAACCACCACACAACUCAUCCGAGAGAUCAAUGCUUCAGACCACCAGUCCAAUUUGAGGUCAACGCUUCGCACCACACCAUCCCAAGGUCACCACAUCUCAACCAAAGUCGACCGUUCUUUACAUGUUUGAUACUGCUUACGCCUCCAGCUUGACGACAGUUAGGCGUCACAUUGAUUCUAUAGUAGCCAUGGCUGUCCAUUAUAAAGUAGACACCAAGAGUUCUCUACUGCAUUUAUGUGAACGGCGUCAAAACUGCUUACAUUCCAUCUCAUUUAAAGAAUAUUGAGGUUUUUUUAAAUGUAUGACUGUUUUUCAAAAUAUUGAAACACGUGAUUUUGUUUUCGUUAUCAAAAUGCUGUAUGCUUUCGUACUGUGCUUAUUUUCACAUUUCUACAUUAAAAUGUUUGUGUGCAACUUUGGUAACUGUAAAAACAAAACAGAAAAAAAAAUCUGAACAUGACUUAGAACAAAAAAACAAAACAGCAAAUCAUCUUCAGAACGUGACAAAGAGGUAGACUGGCUUUGAUAGGGAAUUGGUCUUGCUCAGAUAUUUUCAUGUUCUAUUUAUAGCUGAUGUGACAUGCAUAGUCUAUUGCUGUUAUCUUCCCAAGUAGAUUUAACACCUGUAAGAUGUUCAAGGCUAAAAUUAAUAUAAUCUUUGUGUACAUAGAUAUAGCCAAGUAUGUUUUCAGGAUUUUGUGUGUGGGUGCUUACAAAAUGUUUGUUAUGGCAGGAGGUUGUAUGUAAGCACAAAAUCUAAAUGUUGCUAAUGUAAAAUGUCAAAAAUAAAAAAUUGUUUGUAAGGUAACAUAUAAUUUCUGCAUUUGAUUUAGAAAACAUAUACCUGGUAGGUAGAUUCCCAAUCAAAACUGGUUGACCUCAUUGUGAAGAUGAAAUAUCUGUAUCAUGGUUAACAUUUAAGGAAGAGAGUUCCAUCGUUUUUAUUGUAUCGGUUCCGAUUUGAUUAGCAUUUUUCUGACUUGGAGUUGUAUAUCCAUUUCCUACAGAAUUUCCUCUGUUUCACAAAACCAUCUCCAUGACAGAGAGAUUGAUUCAGUCUCUUGACUGCUUGAUAACAAACAGGAGCAAGCUUAUCCACUGGGCUACCUACCGUCAUAAUAUGUUUUAUAUUAAUUCUUUUCUAAAACAUUAACAGAAAUUUAAAAAAAAAAAAACAUUCUGACUUCCUAAAAAGGGCUGUGUUAGUGUGAACAUAUAGAGGAAGUAACAUAAAUUUAACAGGAAAAUAACUCUUCAAUAUCUGUAAACAGUAGAAUUGAUGGCAGGACUCUUUACCUUCACUUAUCCACCCCUGAAAUUUCAUAAUGAACUAUUCCAACUUUUGAAUUAGAAGAGUUCAAAUGUCUCAUAAGGGGUGAAUGAGUUAAUAUAUUAUUUUUCAAAUGUGUGUUAUAUGUCUGUUACUUACAUUGGUGUUCUUACUUAACUCUAUGUAUAGCUUGUGCAGUAUAGAUGACAUAUAACCUAUACAUUGUCCCUGUAAACAACAAUGGUGAGGUAUGAUAGCCUAUUGUUUAUGAAGUGAUAAAAUCAAGUGCUUUUGUUCAAUCAGGAUUAUUACAAAAUUAUCUGUACAAACUUUUGGUAUUCAUUUUCUAACGGUGGAUCAAAAUUGGCUGCAGUGUUCUGUAAGCUCCAUUCAGCAAGUUUCCCAGUUACCUUGUUGGUAAUUUGCUAUUUUAACAAUACUUUGACAAAUGGUAUUUUCAUGACAAAGAUUCUUGCAGUUGUUGUCUUGAUGCCACUAAGUAGCGGAAGCGAGACUAAGGUGUUGAUUUUCCAGCGACGGCAGCAGCGUCAACAUUAAAAGGUUUUUGCGUUAGUUUCGCUGAAAGUAAAAGUGCUAGACCAACCAAACUUGGACCAUAGAUGCAUCUUGGGUAGAUCAUCUUAACACAUGCAUUACAUGCUGGAUGCGACCUAUCAUUCAUGGUCCAUUGACUUUGUCAGCAUCUCCAUCAACAUUAAGUUUUUG